CUUCAAGCAAAUUUGCUCGUCAUCUAAUCGUCGUCAACUUAAUUAAUGUGGAAGUCGCGCGCUGCACGCCAGGUGGCCCAGCGGCCACCUCAGAGGGCUAGCCGCAUGAAACACGUCUUUUCCAAUGCCCCUAUCUACGACUCCAUAUUCCGCAAUCUGAGUCCUCGCACCCUAGUGCGGUUGUCGCGCACAUGCCACAUGAUACAUGAAGCAGUAACUCGUUUUUGCCAGCGCGCAUACAACAUCAACCGACAUCUGUCGCGUUAUUUCCCAGAUCCCCUUUCAUUUCGCUCUCUCCAAGCGCGAACUGGUCUCAUCAUUUCAGGAUCAAGUGCACUUCAAUUUUUGGACCGUUCCUUCUACCCCGAGUCAGAUCUCGAUAUCUACUGUCACCCUGGUCACGUUUACGAGGUGCUUGAGUGGAUGGAUAGCUUUGGGUACCGAUUUGAACCACACAAAUAUCAAGAGGCAGGCUGGCGUACCCAGGUUUCAGCUGAUUGGGAUGGUACGGUGUCAAGAAUGCGAGUCCCAUGGCAUUAUUUGGAGGAGGAAGAUCGCUUACGUUCGACGCGGUAUUCUAACAUCGCUGAAGUCUACACCUUCAAGCGGCUUGUAGUUAUAGACGAAGAGUGUGUAGAGCUCCAGGUUCAAGUGAUUGAAGCGAUCAACAACCCUAUCGAUACUAUCAUGAAAUAUCACUCAACUUGUGUCAUGAAUAUCAUUACUUUCGAUGCGGCGUAUUCAUUCUACCCAAUCGCAACAUUUGAGGACCGAAGCGCACUCAAAAUUCCCGGAUCGAGGCACCGCCCAGAUGUUCUUGCAAAGUAUAUCAAGAGAGGUUGGAGAGUCUAUUCACUAUUCAGGCCCGGGGAUCUCGCGCGGCCCCAUGAAUCUCCAUUCCUCCCGAACAUCACGCGAUGGGUCGGUGAUCGUCACUGUUGGACCGUUCCACUAGAUACAUCAGGAGUCGAGCUCCGUAGAGCGUUGUCUCCGCCCUCAGAACAAUUUUCAUGGGAUCCCUCCACCCAGAGCGGCUGGACGUUGUUGACCAAACCAUCCUCACUUGCCAAUUUCAGCGAACCAAAAAUGGAUGCCAACCUCGUCGCAACCACUAUCUUCCGCUACAGCUAUAUGAUUCCCAGUCAAUCGCUUUCUUUGGCAAUUCGUGGGUGGGCGUGCUCCCAGGCUAAACUCUAUCACGGAUUAGUAACGAGACGUGACUGGACUUGGUUCGACGCUGAAAUUCCAAGGCUCCGUGAGUUGACUGACGUAGAGCAGGUGACAUAGCAUUCGAGGUCUGCUAGAGUCAAUUGUUUGGUGGAUGAAGUAGGCCGGCACCGUCGUUUCAUCUGAUCCUCCGUUUGUCAAAACUCGUUGUCCCACAUGCAUCGCGCAUAUAUAGGUUAGUAUUACUUACAAAUACGGACUGACUGGGAGAGCACAGCAUCUCCGGGUCCACCAGGUGAUUCCAGUACUGUUGGUAUGUGCACAUUGUAACCACAAGAAUUAUACACGGUUGAGAUACAUGUGUUGCCAUCCCUUUAGAAAGUACAAAAGCCAAUGCAAAAACCGAGCCAUUGGAAUUCACACCAUAUCAUAACUCAUCGAUGCGUCCACUGUCACACAAUGCCUGCUGAGUGUGAUUUCGACGUACGAACAAGCGCAUCGACGCCACAUUCGGCAUUUUUCUUCUUCGCAUGCGACUCCUGGGCCAUGGAACAAUAAUAUUGUAUACUUCCACCUCCCAUCUUCAUUGUUCACAG